AGCAUCACCCUUCUGUGGCAAGAGGCACCUGAAAGGAAAACUUCUGCAUAUCAAUGCACUGCCAAUGGUGGUGUAAUACCAAGGGCUGUACUGCUGCCUCAUCACAAUUUUGUGGGGUUUCAGAGAGUAGUUCUGGGUUGUGUCCUCUGUUGUGACCUCAUGGUUUAACUGGGAAUAAAGAUGAGUAUAAGCAGUGAUGAGGUUAACUUCCUGGUAUAUAGAUACUUGCAAGAGUCAGGGUUUUCCCAUUCAGCAUUUACCUUCGGUAUAGAGAGCCAUAUCAGCCAGUCUAAUAUAAACGGUGCUCUGGUGCCACCAGCUGCUUUGAUUUCCAUCAUCCAGAAAGGUCUGCAGUAUGUAGAGGCAGAAGUCAGUAUUAAUGAGGAUGGUACCUUGUUUGAUGGUAGGCCGAUAGAGUCUCUCUCACUGAUAGAUGCCGUAAUGCCUGAUGUGGUCCAGACGAGACAGCAGGCCUACAGAGACAAACUUGCACAACAGCAGGCAGCAGCUGCUGCAGCAGCAGCCGCCACCAACCAACAGGGAUCAGCGAAAAACGGAGAGAAUACCGCAAAUGGGGAGGAGAACGGAGCACAUACUAUAGCAAAUAAUCACACAGAUAUGAUGGAAGUCGAUGGAGAUGUUGAGAUCCCUCCCAACAAGGCAGUGGUGCUGCGUGGCCACGAGUCUGAAGUCUUCAUCUGUGCCUGGAAUCCCGUUAGUGACCUUCUGGCCUCAGGAUCUGGAGAUUCGACAGCACGGAUAUGGAACCUCAGUGAAAACAGCACGAGCGGCUCUACGCAGCUGGUACUUCGGCACUGCAUACGAGAAGGAGGGCAGGACGUACCCAGCAACAAAGACGUGACAUCGCUGGAUUGGAACAGUGAAGGUACACUUCUGGCAACUGGGUCUUACGACGGCUUUGCAAGGAUAUGGACUAAAGAUGGUAAUCUUGCCAGCACCUUAGGGCAACAUAAAGGUCCUAUAUUUGCGUUAAAAUGGAACAAGAAAGGAAACUUCAUUUUAAGUGCAGGAGUGGACAAGACCACGAUUAUUUGGGAUGCCCACACUGGCGAAGCCAAGCAGCAGUUUCCUUUUCAUUCUGCACCAGCAUUAGAUGUUGAUUGGCAGAGUAACAACACGUUUGCCUCUUGCAGCACAGACAUGUGUAUUCAUGUCUGCAAACUAGGACAAGACAGGCCCAUCAAAACCUUCCAGGGUCACACAAAUGAAGUAAACGCAAUCAAAUGGGAUCCGACUGGUAAUCUUCUGGCGUCCUGCUCUGAUGAUAUGACUCUGAAGAUCUGGAGUAUGAAACAAGACAGUUGUGUCCAUGACUUACAAGCACACAACAAAGAAAUUUAUACUAUCAAAUGGAGUCCUACAGGACCAGGAACAAAUAAUCCAAAUGCCAAUCUUAUGUUAGCAAGUGCAUCCUUUGACUCUACUGUUAGGUUAUGGGACGUAGACCGAGGAAUUUGUAUUCAUACUCUGACAAAGCAUCAAGAACCUGUGUACAGUGUAGCUUUCAGUCCUGAUGGCAGGUACCUGGCCAGCGGCUCCUUUGAUAAAUGUGUACACAUCUGGAAUACGCAGACAGGUGCCCUAGUUCACAGUUAUCGGGGAACAGGAGGGAUUUUUGAGGUUUGCUGGAAUGCAGCAGGAGACAAAGUUGGAGCAAGUGCUUCAGAUGGUUCAGUUUGUGUAUUAGACCUACGGAAAUAGCGCUACUAGUUGGAAGCCAUGGACCGACUAUGAAUGUGUACAUAGCCAAAAUGACUGUCCCUGACCCAUGUACUGCUAUAGUCCCAAUUGAACCAUGGCCAGUCCACUACAGCCAAACGUAAAAGAAAUAUAUACAUAUACUGUAUAUAAAAAAAGAGGGGAAAAAAAAAAAAAAAAAUUACACCCU